GAUUUGUUUUUUUAUGGAUAUUUGGUAGUUAUUUCCGAAAGGUAUUUUUAUAUGUUCUUUCAUUUUUUUGUAUAAAAAUAUUGUGUGAUUUUUGUAUAAUUUUUCUAAGAAGCUUUUAAAUGACUCCAAAAAAGAUUUUGCAAGUGUUUGAGGACUAUCAAACAGCACGACAUAGUUUUGUUCAGAAUGUUGGGAAGCUAGCGUCUCGUCCUAGCAACAUAGUGCUUUUAGAAGGCGCAAGUGUUCUAGAACUAUUACAGCCACUUUUGAGCGAUGUUUUCGCUCCCAUCAAAGCAGAAGCCAUCAAUACCAUCGGGAAGCUUGCCACUUCUAGUCAGUCCUUGUCGGAGAACAUUGUGCGAAUGAACAUGCUACCGAACCUGCUUUCUUCACUUCAAGCUGGGAAUAAGUACCACAAGACGGCGGUGCUGAGCCUGGUGCGUGCGGUGAGCAGCUACACCCCGGAGACGGCGGGGGCCGCGGUGCAGAUGGGCGCGCUGCAGGGCGUGGUCGCUUGCCUCGAGGACUUUGAGCCGAACGUGAAGACGGCCUCUUGUUGGACCAUCAGCAACAUCGCUCGCCACCGCAAGGACCUCGCGGAGGCCGUGGUGGAUGCAGGAGCGGUCCCGCUGCUGGUGCUCUGCUCCCAAGAGCCGGAGGCGUGCUUGAAGCAGGGAGCGGCCUCCGCGCUGGGCGAGAUAGCCAGGCACGCCCCUGAGCUGGCCCGGCUGGUGGUGGACGCCGGCAGCGUGGGCCCGCUCGCCAGAGCCGUCUGCAGCAAGGACACCAAGCUCAAGAGGCAUGUUUUUGCAGCUCUGGGGAACAUAGCCAAGCACUCGCCGGAGCUGGCGGAGGUGGUUGUGGAGGCGGGGGUGUUCCCCGACACCCUGCUGCACCUCGCCCACACGGACGAGAGAGUCGCCAAGUCCGCGGCCGUGCUGGUCUCCGAGGUCGCCAAGCACAGCCUGGAGAUGUGUGAACUGCUCGUCCAUCUGGGGGCCAUCGGAGCGCUCAUCGAGGCCGUGGGGAGGAGCGGGAGUGACGUCCAGAUGUACGGCAUCAUGACCCUCGGCUUCAUGGCCGCCCACUCGGAGCAGCUGGCUCUGGCCAUUAUCGAGUCCAAGUGCGUGACGGAACUGUCUUGUCUUCUCUGCGAGGACACGGAAGAUCACGUCAUGGCGACGGCGGUCUGGACCCUGGGACACAUUGCCAAGCAUUCCCCCCGCCACUCCCAGGCAGUGGCUGAUACUGGCGCCUUCACCAAGUUGUUGCAGAUGUUUUUGAACCCCAAGAGUUCGGAAGAUCUGAAGCAGAAGUGCCGCAAGACCCUGAAGCUGGCCCUCCAGAAAUGCAUCGACAUCGCAGCCCUCGAACCUCUGCUGUGCAACGCACCAGUCGAAAUCCUCAAGUACAUUGUUGGCCAGCUGAGCAAGGUACUGCCCAACGACGCGAAGGCCCGUCGGUUGUUUGUGGCCACCGGCGGACUGAAGAAGAUACAGGAGAUUCCUGCAGAUCCUGGCACAACACUCAUGGAGUACAUCACGAUCAUCAACUGUUGCUUCCCGGAGGACGUCGUUAGGUAUUUCUCCCCGGGACACGAAGAGAGUCUGCUGGACAGAGUAGAGCAGUAUGAACCCAAUGUCCUUUGUGUGGGUUCGCAAGGGGACGGAGAAAUAGAAGAUGACACUGUGAACUCCGACGACACUUAUCAUGAAGCAUAAUUUAUGAGGUCAAGAAAUGUUAGGCAAAAUGUUCAUAAUUGUUUGUAACAUUUAAAUGUUGAGAUAUUCAUGAGUGUUCAAAAUUACAUGUGUGUAGUGUAUUCUGUAAAUAAUGUUCUAUAAGAUCAUUAAAUACCAUUAGUGUCGAAA